AUGAAAGCUGCUACAUCUUCAGCUCCGUCUCGUGGUAAGAGGUCGCCGGAUGCGCUUCGGGAGUCCCGGCCCCGAAAGAGGGAGAAAUAUGCAAAGAUGGCCUGCUCACUAUGCAAGGUCCGAAAGGUCAAGUGCAGCGGUAACCAACCUUGUAAUCGAUGUGAGGAGCUUCACAGCCAAUGUACUUACAACGAACCGUUCCAGCCCGAAGCCGCUAGCGGCUUCGACUCACAGCCGGCCCGUCGAGGCUCUGAAGUCACGGUCUCGCAAAUGAGCAAGAUAUGUGACCAGACCCAACACUCCAUCAGCAGCUUUGGUCUCGCUCCUCCACGAAGGUCCUCCUAUCUACAACGAAGACAAGAGAACGACGAGCUUCCCCAGCCAAAUAAGCCUCUCACUCCGACGGAUCCUGGACAUACAUUAAGCCUCACACAAGAUGCGAUGAGAGAAAGGGGCCUGCUCUCUCCUCCACACUCUGAACCUGGCCCUCAUCCAGUCACUCGAGACCAGUUAAAAUUUCCUGAUACUCUGAUCAACUUACUGCAAGCCGCACGACCAUUGCUGGAAAUUGGUCACGAGAAGGUAGUCCAACUGUUUGCAAUAUUCAAGGAUGAGGUUUGCCCUUUCUAUCCUUGCGUCAGUUUAGACCUUGGCAAUGAAGUUAUCAACGACGUCUUUUCACUGUUGAAGGACACCUCUCACGGGGUUAUUCUCAACGUGGAUGUGAUUGAUGUGGAAAUCACGAAAGUGGUUGUGGCAAUUGCAUUGCUGCUCAGAGAUGACACGCAAAGCCCUUUAUCCUCUGAUCUUGAAGGACAGUUGGUUUGGAGCGUGGACUCUUGUUUCGAUCAAGAGAAGCCCCAGGUUGAGGAUAUUGUAAUGGCAACAUUACUGUCAAUUUAUUUAGGCCUCAAGCACAGAACAACCAAGGCAUGGCGAAUGGCUGGGGUAGCUGCCAAGCUAUGUCUCGAACUUGGUCUCCAUCGAGAAAGAUUUUUUGAAGAUUCCCGGGUGCUUCCACGGUGGAAUACCAAGUGGAAGCAUAUAUUCGCCAGUGUUUAUCGGCUUGAAAGGCAGUGGAGCUUCUAUUCAGGCCUGCCGUGGACACUUCAUGAUACAGAAAUCAACGUCUCUUCGCUCACAGUAGAACCGACAGAUUCUUAUAUAUCAACCAUGAUCUCCUUGGACAGAAACCUUUCUGAGACAUGGACUAUCGUCAACAUCCCGUCAUCUCAACCCAAAAACAACGAGGAACGAGUUGAAUUCCUCAACUUCCAACUUCAAAAACUCGUUGACAAGAUACCAGCAGAGGACUUCAAAUCCCUAGAGCCAACCAUAACCCCACCACCAUGGCUUCAAGCUGGACUGAAAAAGUUCUGCCUCCUUCGCGUGCACCACAUCAAAAUUUUCACACAAAUAAGCGCAUCCGGUUCAAUAAGAAAUCUCAUCUCAAAUACAACCUCAACUAAUACUCUCGUGACGGCAGCCGCAAAAUCAAUCGAUCUGCACAUGGAAAUGGUCGACGCCGGCGAAAUCAGUCCCCUCAUGCUACCCACAAUGCUCAAAUUGCUUCUUUCCUCGCUAUCUAUCAUGAUGUUUGCCGUCUCACACUGUCCAGACGAGUAUGGCCCGCUGUGUAGCAAGCAUUUUGAAACAGCCGUGCAAAUCCUCAGCGAUGCGCAGAGCUACGUCAAAGACCCAGAUAUGACUAUCUGGGGUACCUUGCGUGUAUUGGAAAAGGUUGUUGAAACGAGUCAGCGAUCAUAUACUCAGCGGUCGGCGCCUUUGGUCAGUCGCAAGGAAGACAUGAGCAACGAUGUUGAUCAGGGGGAGGUCUUUUGUGAAGGAAGUGUGUUUGAGGAGCUCCCGACGCCGGACUCGGAAUUCUUCUCCAUGUUGGGGAGUAUCGGAGCGACAGAUAUACUUCAUAUGGAUAACAUCUUCAGCUAA